AUGUCAAUAAGUCCUUCUACAAGGAAUGAAGAAAGUGGUUUUGAUGAGGAUGGUAGCAAAAGAAGAGGUAAAUCAACAACCACUUCGAACUUUCGAUCAGUAAAAAGAGCAAAGUUCUCAUCAGCUUUGGCAGAUGCACUGGAUAAAAUGUCUUUAAACGUUGCUCGAUUCAACAAGGAUAAUUUACUGUACGAUUCAGAUGAUGAGUUUGGAGAGAUUUUGCUAUAUUUUGCCCGAUCAGCUAACGAUGCACAGAUUCUUCUAGAAUGUGCCACAAACCCAGAUUAUGGAUUUCCAAUGCCGCCCCAAGGAAAAUAUUAUCUUGUUGAUUAUGGCUAUACAGACAUGUCUGAUUUUCUUUCGCCAUAUCAAGGGGAAAGGACAAAUGCAGAAGCAAAUGUAUAUUUUGAUGGAGGUGAAGAAAAUUUUGAAGUACAAGCCACUACUUUACAAAGCACGAAUGGAACUUUGACUGAUAAUGUAGAGUUCAGUAUUUCCAGAACUCAUAUACAUGAAAUGGCUCAUGUUCGUGAUGAAAUUGCUGAUCAUAUAUGGAGAGCUAGUUGA